ACGCAGAGUGACGUCUAUUGUUCUCAAGGGGAUCAAACCACUCUCUUCUACGAACCACUGUUGGUGAGGGGCAAGACCUACGUUCAGCAAACCUUCAAGAACUGAGGAGACGUGGGCAGGCACCACUGUAUCUCCGACACCCAAGUAAUAUCUGGCUGGUCCAUAUAAUUCACUUGAUAUGAAGGAAGUACUCAUCGUGUUCGCCGUCGCUGCGUUUGCAGUGUGCGACGGUCGUGUUCUAUCCGCACCGAGACUGGCUCAGGAUGCUGCUUUAAACUCGGGAACAUCAAGAAACGGUCACAUGGGCGCCGUAGCUUCCGGAUUGACCGGAGGUGCUCCCCUGCAGGAAUACCCGUAUCCCCCGGCCUGCUUCCCCAACACUUGCCCAAUCUAUACCAUCACUGCUACUGCUUCUGAGAAAUACGAGACGAGACAGUACCCGGCUGGUAAGUGGCUGAAAGCCACAACACAACCAUACGAUGUGCGACACAUCGAGUCCAAAGACAUCAUCGACUACAUCAUCAGCGCGAAUUCACUGAACAAAACCCUGCAGUACGCCGUGCCCGUGGUGGUUAAGGUGGACGUCCCUCUCGGCCACGCUGCCGUCUACAAGAGGUUGAUGGCCCAAAUGUCCUCUGUUGGGGUCAUAAUGCAACAAAAGCGGAACGAGAUUAUUAAACAGCUGACAGAGCUGCAACAACAGCAUCAGCAUCUGCAACCCCACCAGCUGAUGGUGGAGCUGCAGAAGAGGAUGCAGCCGAUGAAGCAGCAGUACCGGACCCUGACCGCCGGCAUCUACAGUGAGUUCUCCACCUUCUCCCACAACUACAACAUGACGCUGUACCUGUACUUGCACCCAGACUACCAUCAGAACACCCCAACACCCACCAACCCUAAUGUCACCAUCGUGGACUCACCUGGAUUCUCCGUCUAUGCCAAAGGCUACAUGGACAUGAAUGCAGCCUCCUCCUACGACAUGGCCCUGAACGUCUCCUCCGCUGCCAACGUGGAAUUCAGCAGCUACUACUUCAUCGACUACUUACAACGCUACAAUGGCUUGAACAAGUUCUUCUACCAUGAAGUGUGGCUCAGCACUGAUCCAACAAGGCCAGUCCUGUGAGCAAAGGCACUGCACUGCAGCUCAGGGUGUCGAGUGGUCAGCCAUCUACCCGUGGCGUUAACGUGUUCUUCAUCAGUACAAUAUGUUUCCUACGUACUUUAGUGCGGGCAGUGAGUGAGUGAGUGAGUUGGGUUUAACGCCGAUCUGAAAAGUAUUCCAGUUAUAUCACGGCGUGUCCCCUUAAGAGGUAUGAAUACCAAAGAAAUGCAGGUCUUAGAUGCUUACCACCUUAGUGAAACCCACGAGUAUGGACAUAGGUGAAUAUGGGAUUCGAACCCAGGAUCAUAGGUUUCUGGUUCGCCUAGGGGACGCAACUCUACACAGCGAAUUGCGCAGCCUUAUACCGCUGUGCCACCCAUGUCCCGACAAGGAACGGCAAAGACAGUCAAUUACGUUAUGACUAUCACAAACCCAACAUCCACAGAACUAACAGCUAACACGGUACUACAUUCAUUAUUCACAUCGUGUAUCCUUGUAUGUUUUAUUAAACAGUAAAUCCCAA